CCUGACACGGUACCAGGGCAAACAGGAGGAGGCAUUUCUUUUCGUACAUGUUGUUGUUUUCAGACCUGCGUAUCUGUGUCGGAGAGGAAAAGGCUCGACGGAGGUGGCCCGCCAGCAGGCUGCGGAGGAGUCAUGAGCGGAAAGAUUAUCAAGGAGGGUUACUUGGUCAAGUCGCCUCCUCUGGAGCAGUGGUUCGCGUCCUGGAAGAAGCGGUACUUUCGAUUGUUUGAAUCUGGUCGCCUUGACUACUACUCCAGUGAACAAGAUGACUGGCAGGCUUCGCGAGGCAUCAUCAACUUGCUGGAUUGCGAUAGCAUUGAGGCUGUGGAGAACUUCCCUGGUCGUUCCUACUGUAUUCGAGUGUUAACACCGCAGCGCCUUUUCAUCCUACAGUGUCCAUCAUACAAUGAUCUCAAGCAGUGGUGUGAGAAGAUCAGAUCGACGCGCGAUAAUGCCCUUGGACAGACAUCUCUUGUCAUUACUGAGCCGGUGAAAGAAGAGCCGAAGCCAGCUGAUGACCGGCGGUAUGUUAACGUUAAGAACAGGGAAACGAAGAAAAAAGAGCAACUCACUCCGCCACCCCGGCCUGACAAGUCGUCAGUAUCAUAUAGUCCCCACUUACCGUCUCGAACAACUUCUGUAGCGUACGUGCCUGGUCAAGAUGUUGGUGCUUCAAAGUCGUCUGAUUCUCGCACAGUGACACGACAGGCAACAUUCACCGGAACAACUGCGUGGCAGACAAGGCAACAGGACACGACCAAUCUCGACCGAACCAUUCGUCAUUCUAACUCUGUUGAGGACAUGCCAGUGUCAGGGAAUGCACAAACCCUUCCCAAUGGUUACCGCAACGGGGGUAUACAUAACGGUGGCGCCAAUGACAUCAGGGCCGAUCCUGACGCUGAUAGAUAUGGAUACAUACCAAUGGCAAGACCUGAUGAAGGGAUCGAUGACGAGUAUGAGCCCAUGAAGGAGGAAGACGUAUGGCAGGUGGCUGCUAAGAAUGGCAAAGUGAGACCUAAACCAAAGGCAUCACCCAAGCCAAACAGACAAAGUGUAGCCAGCUCUUCAUUUGAUCACUCUCCAAAGUCGAACAGGCCCAGUACGUCGUCGAGCUCCUCUUCACAGUUUGAGAUACCAGAGGAAUACGAGGACUGCUGGGCAUCGCAUCCAAGCUCCAUUCCAGCUCACUCACCCAUGACACCAAGCAGCGUGGUUCCGGGACCACCGCAGCCACCACACAGAGCACAGGGAAGAACGCAAAGAAGAUCCGUGCCAGCAGCACCGGCAACCCAAGUACCACGGGUAAAGCCCCGUGGUGUGUCAGUCAAGCAGCAUGUCAUUUGAUCAUAGACCAGUGUACUCGUUGCAGAUCAGUAGAUACAUGUAAGUGGCCCAGUGAUUGAAGCCCUGGUAGUGGCCAUUAACCAACAGCUGCUUCACUCAUUUGUUAGUCUGGGUUCUUGACGAGACGUGCAACUAUGCUUGGUCUAUGCAUAAAGAACAGUAUUGCCGGCUUUCCCCCUCUUCCCUCUCCCCUGACCAACAUCUCAAUGCGUACUAAGUUAUACAUUUCUACUGGCUGGCUGGUGAAUUGCAGAAAUGCAGCAGUUCAUCUGCUAACACUAGCCGUGAUCUGUGUGACCUGGCAUCAUUCUAAACCAUAAUGUUGAUACUCUGAUAUAGCCAGCUAUAUUCCUCUGCAGAUGAUCGUAACAUUCAUUGUUGAGACCUAAGUAACAAUUUCAUUCCAUUAUUCUUUGCCCCAUCCUCCUUUACAUGUACAUUCCAAAUCAAACAUCCACAAGCACACACACACACACACACACAUACACACACACACACACACACACACACACACACAUGCACACAUGUACCUGUAAAUAUGUACACGUACCCCCCCCCCCCACACACACACACAUACACACACAUACAAUACAUACACAUGUAGUUGCGUGCCUUUGUCCUAUUGUGUACUAGAAAGGUCACAUGUUUUCUCCGAAGAGAGAGAGAGAGAGAGAGAGAGAGAGAGAGAGAGAGAGAGAGAGAGAAAGAGAGAGAGAGAGAACUGUCUUACGAUGACAGCAGUAGUGGUGAUGUUUCACGUUGCUUGGUCUACACACAUACACAUACGUACACAUACAUACACACAAUCGCACAUGCGCGCGCACACACACACACGCACACACACACACACACACACACACACACAUGAACAUGAACACACACAAACACAUACAAUGCAGCCAUGUACUUACAGACACACAUGUACACACAAACACACACACACACUACCAUGUACUGUUUUUGCAACCUUGCUGCUAUUGCUGGCACAUGUUGUGCAGAAUUUGGUAGUGGGUGCCAAGAGGUGCACAACCAUACUGUGAUGAUCUCAGCAUCUUGCCAUUGUUAUACCCUUUUCUACCCGGAACACAUGCACAUUCGGAUGAUCCUCUUUUUAAAAGCAUUGUCUGCAGGCCAGCAAUCUCCACUUCUUGAGCAGUAAUUUUCAGUUCAUGCAUAACAAUAAUAGCUAACCCCAUUAAGUUAAAGACCUCAGUCUUUUCUCCCUCUUGGAGUGAGAAGUAUAAUUUGAAGAUAGCAGUAUCUCCCUGCAUAUCUAGUCUAUUUUCGACUUUGGUUUUGCAUGCAAAGUUUUAAUUUCGCUAUUAUGACCGCAACAGCUCGCCGAAACGACGUAUACAAUUUGCAUUUUGAUGAAACUGAUCUCUUA